AUUUACUAAAACAUUUUGGGUUAGGUCAUUUUCCAGCAGAAGAGUGGGAGUAAACCAAACAAAAGCAUAACAAUGAAUGCGGCGCCAGCGGCGGCGGAAUCAGUGCAAUGUUUCGGGCGGAAGAAGACGGCGGUAGCAGUAACACACUGCAAGCGCGGUCGUGGCCUGAUUAAGAUCAAUGGUGUACCAAUCGAGCUCGUUCAACCCGAAAUCCUCCGGUACAAAGCCUUCGAACCAAUCCUCCUCUUAGGUCGCCACCGAUUCGCCGGAGUCGACAUGCGAAUCCGCGUCAAAGGAGGAGGUCACACUUCUCAGAUCUACGCUAUUCGUCAGUCCAUAGCGAAGGCGCUGGUUGCCUUUUACCAGAAGUAUGUGGAUGAACAGCAGAAGAAGGAG